AUGGCGUUCAACGGCAAGAAUGUUCUUAUUACUGGGGCAUCCAUGGGCAUUGGGGAAGCAAUCGUCCGGAAAGUCGCUGCUGAGGGGGCAAACCUCGCCCUAUUUGCGCGUUCUGUGGACAAACUGCAAGGAAUCACAGCCGAUCUCCAGGGGAAAAACCCAAGGUCAAAGGUACUAUACAAGGCCAUCGACCUGCAGAGCUACGAGGCCGUCGAGAAAGCCGUCAGUGAGACGGUCAAAGAGCUCGGCGAUAUCGACAUUCUGAUCAACAAUGUUUGGACCUACCCUGCGCUCCGCCAGAUCAUGGAUUACACUAACUGCAGACAGGCCGGCCUCGCCCUCGGCGCCCCCGCCGCAUUCCCAGACCUCAAAGUCUCCGACAUUGUAACCAUGAACAGCACGAACAUUAACGGGCUCAUGUUCGUGACAUAUGCCGUCCUCAACUCGUCCAUGAUGAAGCGGAAGGACGGCACGAUCCUCAACGUCACCUCUGUCACCGGCCUGGAAGUGCCCCCGUUCCCCGGUGAAGCAGUGUAUCACUCCAACAAGGCCGCGCAGGAAGCGUUCACCAACGCCCUGCGUAAUGAACUCAGCGGGACGAAUAUCCGGGUUCUUGCGCUGCGGCCUGGUGUUGUUGCGACGAAUUUCCACUCCUUGCGCGUGGGGCAUGAUAAGGGGAUGUAUGAUGGCUUUAUGGAGGGAUAUACACCUCUCGAGGCGGAUGAAAUUGCAGGUGCUGCCAUCUAUAUGCUCCACCAGCCAUUAAACAUAUCUGUGAAGGCUUUGGAUGUGGUUCCAUCGGCACAAAGAUCACUCAACGUAUUCGACCGGUCGUGGAGCGAGAGAAACAAGUAG